UUCCCAUCAUCAUUCAUCAAUCCAUCCUCCAAAUUUCGCAUUCUCAGAGAGAAGCAAGAAAGCUAGGGUUUGGGUUGGGAGAAAUGGCAAUGAGGAAAGUUUACAGCGAGAUCAAAGGGAUCAAAGUGAAGGAAGUCCCUAACUACGUGAAGCCGAUGCUGUCCAUGGAUUACGUGAAGAAAGCUUUUCAAAAGGGUUUGGACAAUUACAAUUCCAAAUACAUUCAAACCGAUUCAAUCCAGCCUCUUUACCAUGUCUGCUUCGGCGGGAUGAUCUUCUCUUACAUCGUCGCUCUCCCCAAUGAGCGCCGCCAUCUCGAGCACAAGGAACAUGGCAAUCAUUGAUCCCCCAUCCCAUCCAGGUCAAAGGGUUGGGGGUUUAUGGCUUACUUAAUGCAUUGGGUUGUAAUUUCUGAACACUUUUGGGGCAGGAAGAUACUGUCUUUUAUGAAAUGUCUUUGCAGCAUUAUGCUGAUAAAACAAUACAUUUGAUUUUUCUUA